AAAAAAGCAACAGCAGCAGCAGCAGAAGCGGCCACAAAAUCUUUGCCAUGGCCCUGCUGCAAGAAGGCAACCGCUGUCAACGGUGCUCUUAGCUUCUAAAGAGUUUCCUAACCAAAGAUCCACCCCACAGUGGAUCCACCACCAACACAACCAUGAAAGCAGCCGCCAGAGAAACAACGAGAACAGAAGCGGGUGACCACCAUAGCAACACCAAGGACUUCACAAUGUUCCAUCGAUGCCGGAGACGUUCGGGCAUUGACAUUAAAUCAAAAUCUUCGCCACCCGCCCUGCAUCCCUCGCACAUGCUGAGAAGCUGCCUACCAUACUGUCUUCUGGUCUUGGUCCUGCUCCUGGGAUCCUCUCAAGCCGCCUCCAAUGAUAAGGAGCGGGAGAGGAGGCUGGAGGUGUCCGAGGGCGUGCCUGUGGAUCACCAGAUCGGCUAUAUAGGCGAUUUCGAUGGCAUUGACAGCGGGCCGCCGUACAUCAUUGUGGCCGAGACGGGAGUGGAGACGGAUCUGGCCAUAGAUCAGUCCACGGGGGAGAUACGCACCAAGGUCAAACUGGACCGGGAAACGAGGGCUUCCUACAGCCUGGUGGCCAUUCCCCUGAGUGGUCAGAAUAUCCGAGUGGUGGUCACGGUCAAGGAUGAGAACGACAAUGCUCCCACGUUCCUGCAGUCCUCGAUGCACAUAGAGUUCCCCGAGAAUACACCCAGGGAGGUGAAGAGGACUCUGCUCCCGGCCAGGGAUCUUGACCUGGAACCCUACAACACCCAGAAAUACAAUAUUGUGUCGGGGAAUGUAAAUGACGCCUUCAGGCUGUCCUCGCACCGUGAACGGGACGGCGUCUUGUAUUUGGAUUUACAGAUUAGCGGAUUCCUGGACAGGGAAACUACGCCGGGUUACAGUCUCCUCAUCGAAGCCCUGGAUGGAGGUAGUCCACCGUUGAGGGGUUUCAUGACCGUCAACAUCACCAUCCAGGAUGUGAACGACAAUCAACCGAUCUUCAAUCAAAGUCGAUACUUUGCCACAGUUCCGGAGAAUGCCACUGUGGGCACCAGUGUCCUUCAGGUUUACGCCUCGGACACGGAUGCCGAUGAAAAUGGACUCGUGGAAUAUGCCAUAAAUAGGAGGCAAAGCGACAAGGAGCAAAUGUUUCGCAUUGAUCCGCGGUCAGGAGCCAUCUACAUCAAUAAGCCACUGGACUUUGAGACCAAGGAGCUUCACGAACUCGUCGUGGUGGCCAAAGAUCAUGGCGAGCAGCCCCUGGAGACGACGGCCUUCGUUUCCAUACGGGUCACCGAUGUCAAUGACAAUCAGCCAACGAUAAAUGUGAUUUUCCUGAGCGACGAUGCUUCGCCAAAGAUCUCAGAGUCGGCGCAGCCGGGCGAGUUUGUGGCCAGGAUAUCGGUGCAUGAUCCCGACUCCAAGACGGAGUAUGCCAAUGUGAAUGUCUCGCUGAAUGGAGGAGAUGGUCACUUUGCAUUGACCACCAGGGAUAACAGCAUCUAUUUGGUCAUAGUGAAUCUUCCCCUGGACAGGGAGAUGGUCUCCAACUAUACCCUGAGUGUUGUGGCCACCGACAAGGGUACACCGCCUUUGCACGCCUCAAAAUCCAUCUUCCUGCGAAUCACCGAUGUCAAUGAUAAUCCACCAGAGUUUGAGCAGGAUUUGUAUCAUGCCAAUGUCAUGGAGGUGGCCGAUCCCGGAACAUCCGUUCUUCAGGUUCUCGCCCACGAUCGAGAUGAGGGCCUGAACUCGGCUCUCAGCUAUUCCCUGGCUGAGACACCCGAGACCCAUGCCCAGUGGUUUCAAAUCGAUCCACAGACAGGGCUGAUCACCACCCGAUCCCACAUCGAUUGCGAGACGGAACCAGUGCCGCAGCUUACGGUGAUUGCCAAGGAUGGAGGAGUCCCGCCGCUUACAUCCACGGCCACCGUUCUGGUGACCAUCCACGAUGUAAACGACAAUGAACCGAUCUUCGACCAGAGUUUCUACAAUGUUUCCGUGGCCGAGAACGAGCCCGUGGGCAGGUGCAUACUCAAGGUCUCUGCUAGCGAUCCGGACUGUGGAGUGAAUGCCAUGGUAAACUAUACCCUAGGCGAAGGCUUCAAGCACCUCACCGAGUUCGAGGUGCGAUCCGCCUCCGGUGAAAUCUGCAUUGCCGGCGAACUUGAUUUCGAAAGAAGAAGCAGCUACGAAUUUCCCGUAUUGGCCACGGAUCGUGGUGGUCUCAGCACCACAGCCAUGAUCAAAAUGCAAUUGACGGAUGUCAACGACAAUCGUCCCGUGUUUUAUCCCCGGGAAUACAAUGUCUCCCUGAGGGAAUCCUCUCAAGCCACAUCCCAGGCAGCGGCAGCAAGUACACCCAUUGUGGCCGUUGUGGCCACAGAUCCGGAUUCAGGAAACUUUGGCCAGGUCUCGUACCGAAUUGUGGCCGGCAAUGAUGCUGGCAUCUUUCGGAUUGACCGCUCCUCCGGGGAGAUUUUCGUGGCCCGUCCGGACAUGCUGUCGGUUCAUACCCAGGCCAUGCACAUGCUCAAUAUCUCGGCCACCGAUGGCGGCGGCCUAAGGAGCAGAGCGGAUGCCGUGGUCUUCCUUAGCAUCAUUGAUGCCAUGCAGCGACCACCGAUCUUCGAGAAGGCCCGAUACAAUUACUACGUGAAGGAGGACAUUCCGAGGGGCACGGUUGUGGGCUCGGUGAUUGCCACGAGUGGAGACACUGCCCAACGCAGUCCUGUGAGAUACUCCAUUUACUCAGGCGACCCUGAUGGUUAUUUCAGCAUCGAAGCCAGCUCGGGAAAUAUUCGCAUUGCCAAACCCCUGGACCAUGAGGCCAAGUCCCAGGUCCUACUAAAUAUCCAAGCCACCCUGGGCGAACCUCCGGUUUAUGGACACACUCAGGUUAACAUCGAAGUGGAGGAUGUCAAUGAUAAUGCUCCGGAAUUCGAGACCAGUACGGUGAGGACUUCCGUGCCGGAAAACGCAGAGUUAGGUGCUCCUCUUUACGUUGCUCAUGCCCAUGAUAAAGAUUCGGGUAGCAGUGGUCAGGUCACCUAUAGUCUGGUCCGGGAUUCCGGAAAACAACUUUUUGCUAUUGAUGCGAGGUCUGGGCACUUGGUUCUAUCACAACAUUUGGACUAUGAGACCUCUCAGAGACAUUCCCUGAUAGUAACUGCCACGGAUGGAGGUGUUCCUUCGCUUUCAACGAACCUGACCAUCUUGGUGGAUGUUCAGGACGUCAACGAUAAUCCGCCAGUCUUUGAAAGAGAGGAAUAUUUCGUCAAUGUUUCGGAAUCGCGAUCGAUAAAUGCUCAGAUUAUUCAGGUUAAUGCCAGCGAUCUGGACACGGGCAACAAUGCCAGGAUCACCUAUAGAAUAGUGGACGCCGGCGUGGACAAUGUCACGAAUUCCAUUAGCAGCUCGGAUGUGGCCCAGCACUUUGGCAUCUUCCCCAACUCUGGAUGGAUCUACCUGCGUGCUCCGUUGGAUCGGGAGACCAGGGAUCGCUACCAACUGACCAUACUGGCCACGGAUAAUGGCACACCCGCUGCCCAUGCCAAGACACGGGUCACUGUGCGUGUCCUCGAUGCCAAUGACAAUGAUCCCAGGUUCCAGAAAUCCAAAUACGAGUUCCGCAUCGAGGAGAACCUCAGGCGGGGCUCCGUCGUGGGAGUGGUGAUGGCCAGUGAUCUGGAUUUGGGCGAGAAUGCGGCCAUACGAUAUAGCCUGCUGCCGGCCAACUCCAGCUUCCAGGUGCAUCCCGUCACAGGUGAAAUCUCCACCCGGGAGCCACUCGACCGGGAGCUCCGCGAACUCUACGACCUUAUGGUGGAGGCCCGGGAUCAAGGCGUACCGGUGCGCAGUGCCCGGGUUCCAGUUCGCGUCCAUGUGAGCGAUGUCAACGACAAUGCCCCAGAGAUCGCGGAUCCGCAGGAGGAUGUGGUUAGCGUGCGUGAGGAGCAGCCACCGGGCACGGAGGUGGUGCGAAUAAGAGCCAUUGAUCGGGACUAUGGACAGAAUGCCUCCAUCACCUACUCGAUCGUCAAGGGUCGUGACUCCGACGGACACGGCCUGUUCAGCAUCGAUCCCAGCACGGGAGUGAUUCGCACUCGCGUGGUCUUGGAUCACGAGGAGCGGAGCAUCUACCGCCUGGGAGUGGCGGCCUCGGAUGGCGGAAGUCCGCCCAGGGAAACGGUACGGAUGCUCCGUGUCGAGGUCUUGGAUCUCAACGACAAUCGGCCAACAUUCACCAGCUCCAGCCUGGUUUUCAGGGUACGCGAGGAUGCCGUCGUGGGUCAUGUGGUCGGCUCCAUCAGUCCCAGCGAGCGUCCGGCGGAUGUGAUCCGGAACAGCAUUGAGGAGGAGGCAGAGUCUGAUUCGGAGGAGCUGCGCAUCACCUACACACUGAAUCCCCUAACCAAGGACCUGAUCGAGGGCGCCUUCGAUAUCGAUAGACACACGGGUAACCUGGUGGUGGCCCGUCUCCUGGACCGGGAGCUGCAGUCCGAGUUCCGACUGGAGAUUCGAGCUCUGGACACCACGGCCAGCAAUAAUCCCCAGAGCAGUGCCAUUACUGUGAAAAUCGAGGUGGCCGAUGUCAAUGAUAAUGCUCCUGAGUGGCCCCAGGAUCCCAUUGAUCUGCAGGUGAGCGAGGCCACUCCCCUUGGCACAAUUAUCCACAACUUUACGGCCACGGAUGCGGACACGGGAACGAAUGGAGAACUCCAGUACCGCCUGUUGCGCUAUUUUCCCCAAUUAAACGAGAGCCAGGAGCAGGCAAUGCCGCUCUUUGCCCUCGAUUCACUCACGGGAUCGCUGAGCCUGCAAGCUCCGCUGGAUUUUGAGGCUGUGCAGGAAUACCUGCUCAUUGUCCAGGCCCUGGAUCAAUCAUCGAAUAUCACAGAGCGACUGCAGACAUCGGUAACAGUCAGAUUGCGAAUCCUGGAUGCCAACGACAAUGCCCCCCAGUUUGUGUCCCCAAACACGAGUGGCGGCAAGAUGGCUUCGCUGUUCAUCAGCGAUGCCACCAGGAUUGGUGAGAUUGUGGCCCACAUUGUGGCCGUCGACGAGGAUUCGGGUGACAAUGGACGCAUUAAUUAUGAGAUAACCGGCGGCAAUGGAGAGGGUCGCUUCCGGAUCAAUGCCCAAACGGGACUUGUAGAGCUGGUCAAGUCACUGCCACCGGCACCCGAGGAUGUGGAGAAAAGUGGCCGCUUUAGCUUGGUCAUCAGUGCCCGCGAUCAUGGACAGCCGGAGCCAAGGAGGAGCACGCUAAACCUGCAGCUGAUCGUCCAGGGUAGUCACAAUAAUCCACCUCGAUUCAUGCAGGCUGUCUAUAGUUCAACCAUCUUGGAGAAUGUGCCCAGCGGCAGCUUUGUCCUGCAGGUCACCGCAAAGUCCUUUCAUGGCGGAGAAAAUGCCAAUCUAAGCUAUGAAAUCCCCGCCGGCGUUGCCCAAGAUCUGUUCCAUGUGGACUGGCAGCGUGGCAUUAUCACCACGCGAGGUCCCUUUGACAGGGAAAAGCAGGCCAGCUAUGUCCUGCCCGUCUACGUGAGAGAUGCCAACCGGUUGGCCACCUCCUCCUCCCAGUCAGCGGUGAGGAAGCAGCGCUCUUCUGAGAGCAACGGCGAGGGUAUCAAUGGCCAGCACUUUGAUGUGGCCACUGUUUACAUCACAAUCGGGGAUGUUAAUGACAAUGCACCGGAAUUUCGACCUGGAUCUUGCUAUGGCUUAUCUGUUCCCGAGAACAGUGAGCCCGGAGUGAUCCACACGGUGGUGGCCAGCGAUCUGGACGAAGGUCCCAAUGCGGAUCUAAUUUACAGUAUUACAGGUGGCAAUCUGGGCAACAAGUUUAGCAUCGAUGCCCGUUCCGGAGAGCUAAGUGCCCGUUCUUUGGAUCGGGAACAGCAGUCCCUCUACUCUCUGCAGAUCCAAGCCUCUGAUCGAGGUCAGCCGCGCAGUCGUCAGGGACACUGCAACAUCACCAUUUUGGUGGAGGAUCAAAACGACAAUCCGCCGCGCUUCAAGCUCUCCAAGUACGUGGCCAGUGUCCAGGAGGACGCACCACUCGGCACGAGUGUGAUGCAGAUCAGUGCCGUGGAUGCAGACUUGGGCGUGAAUGCCCGACUCGUUUACUCUUUGGCCAAUGAAACGCAAUGGCAGUUUGCCAUCGACAGCGGAAGCGGAUUAAUCACCACCGUCGGCAAACUGGAUCGCGAGCUGCAGGCAAGCUACAGCUUCAUGGUUUUGGCCACGGACGGAGGACGCUACGAGGUGAGAUCGGCUUCGGUUUCGGUGCAGAUCAACGUACUGGACGUGAAUGACAAUAGGCCCGUGUUCGAGAGAUAUCCGUACAUUGGCCAGGUUCCGGCUCUCAUCCAGCCGGGACAGACUUUGCUCAAGGUGCAGGCCCACGAUGCCGAUCUGGGUGGAAACGGUGAGGUGAUCUACUCCCUCAAAGCGGAGAAUUCUGCAGUUAGCGGCAAGUUCCGCAUAAAUCCCAGCACGGGUGCUCUAAGUGCCUCGCAGAGUUUGGCCAGCGAGUCCGGCAAGUUGCUGCAAUUGGAGGUGUUGGCCAGGGACAAGGGAAAUCCACCGCAAUCCAGUCUGGGUCUCAUCGAACUCCUGGUUGGGGAGGCUCCUCCAGGAGCGCCCGUGCUGCACUUUCAAAACGAAACCUACAGAGUCAAGGUCAAGGAGAAUUCCCCGUCGGGUACAAAGAUUAUCCAAGUUGUGGCCCUUCGAAGCGACGGUCGUCGGCAGAGGGUUCAAUUCUCCUUCGGAGCUGGCAACGAAGAUGAUAUAUUCUCCCUGGAUUCGAUCUCCGGAGAGAUCAGGGUGAACAAGCCGCAUCUACUGGAUUUUGAUCGCUUUGCCACGCCCUCCAUGUCAGCUCUAAAUAAAGGCAGAGCCCUGCACUACGAAGAGGAAUUGCAGGAGACAUCAGAGGAGGAUUCCAGCAACACCACCCGCUCCCAACGUGCCUUGACAUCCACAUCCUUCGACCUGACCAACAGCCAACCCAAUGAGAUGCAUGUGGUAAUCGUGGCUCGCAGCACGGAUGCCCCAUUCCUUACCACCUACUCGGAGCUGGUGAUUGAAUUGGAGGACGAAAACGACAACAGUCCACAGUUUUCGCAAAAGCAGUUUGUGGCCACCGUUUCCGAGGGCAACAGCAAGGGUACCUUUGUGGCCCAAGUGCAGGCCUUUGAUUCGGAUGCAGGAUCCAAUGCCAGGUUGAGAUAUCACAUCGUUGAUGGCAACCACGACAAUGCCUUUGUCAUUGAGCCAGCUUUCAGUGGCAUAGUAAAGACGAACAUCGUCUUGGAUCGCGAGAUUCGUGAUGUCUACAACCUCAAGGUUAUCGCCACGGAUGAGGGAGUGCCCCAGAUGACGGGCACGGCAACCAUAAGGGUGCAGAUUGUCGAUGUAAAUGAUAAUCAACCCACCUUUCCGCCCAACAAUCUCGUCACUGUCAGUGAAGGCACUGAACUGGGCGCCGUGAUAACCUCCAUUUCCGCCAACGAUGUGGACACAUAUCCCGCUCUGACCUACCGACUUGGUAGGGAAUCCCCCCUGGACACCGAGAACUUGUCCAUCUUCGCCUUGGAUCGCUACAGUGGAAAGCUGGUCCUAAAACGUAAAUUGGACUAUGAACUACAGCAGGAAUACGAGGUCGAGGUGAUUGCUUCAGAUGCUGCCCAUGAAGCUCGCACUAUUCUGACUGUUCGGGUGAACGAUGAAAACGAUAAUGCACCCAUAUUCCUGGCCCAAAAACCGCCCGCCUACUUUGCAAUUUUGCCAGCUUUGUCCGACAUUGGUGACAGUCUUUCCAUGGACAUUGAACUGCUCACAGUGAAUGCCACAGACGCGGAUGCCGAGGGCAGUAACUCCCGUGUUCAGUACUCGAUUGAGCCACCGCUGGAAGGCUUCUCUGUGCAUCCAGAAAGUGGUGUGGUUUCCGUUAACAUGAGCAGAUUGCAGCCAGCAGCAAUGUCCCCGAGCGGAGAUUACUUUGUGAGAAUCUCAGCCAAGGAUGGCGGCAAGCCAGCGAUGGAGGGUUCCACUCUACUGCGAGUUCAGGCCAGUGACAGUGGCUCAGGGCGGUCUCAGUUCCAGCAGACGCAAUAUAGGGCACAAAUCAGCGAGGCGGCGGCACUGGGUUCGAUUGUACUCCAGUUGGGACAAGAUGUCCAGGAUCAGGCCUUUGUCAUAGUGUCUGGAAACGAGGAGGGUGCUUUCGAGCUGCUUCAAUCCAAGGCUAUUGUCCUGGUUAAGCCUUUGGACAGGGAACGCAAUGAUCUGUACAAGCUCCGCCUGGUUUUAAGUCAUCCUCAUGGCUCGGCGACACCUUCUUCAAGCCCCAACUCCACUUCUGGAAUCUCUGUGAUAAUUACCAUUCUCGAUGCCAACGACAACUAUCCCAUUUUCGACCGAAGUGCCAAGUACGAGGCGGAGAUCAGUGAACUAGCUCCCCUGAGGUACUCCAUAGCCAAGUUACAGGCACUCGAUGCUGACCAGGAGAAUACCCCCAACUCCGAAGUGGUGUACGACAUCACCUCGGGCAAUGAUGAGCACAUGUUCACCAUAGAUCUUGUGACGGGUGUACUCUUUGUGAACAAUAGGCUGGACUACGACAGCGGUGCCAAGAGCUACGAGCUCAUUCUCCGAGCCUGCGAUAGUCACCACCCGAGGCCUCUGUGCAGCCUCCAGCCCUUCCGUUUGGAACUCCACGACGAGAAUGACAACGAACCCAAGUUCCCGCUCUCCGAGUACGUUCACUUUCUGGCGGAGAAUGAACCAGUCGGUAGCUCCGUUUUCCGGGCGCAUGCCAGUGAUCUGGACAAGGGACCCUUCGGACAGCUCAACUACAGCAUUGCUCCAGCUCCCAGCGAUGACAGUUCGUGGAAGCUCUUCCGCGUGGAUGCGGAAACGGGUGUGGUCACAUCCGCCUCCGUUUUCGACUACGAACAGCGGCAGCGCUACGACCUGGAACUCCAGGCCUCCGACAUGGGCGGUAAACGCGCACGUGUGGCAGUGCGAGUGGAGAUCGAGUCUAGGGAUGAGUUUACCCCACAGUUUACGGAGCGCACCUACAGGUUUGUCCUGCCAGCGGCGGUGGCUCUGCCCCAGGGCUUCGUAGUGGGUCAAGUCACGGCUACGGAUGGCGAUAGUGGUCCGGAUGGCAGGGUGGUUUACCAGCUGAGUGCCCCGCACUCGCACUUCAAGGUGAACCGCAGCAGUGGAGCUGUGCUGAUCAAGAGGAAGCUGAAACUGGACGGUGAUGGAGAUGGUGGCAACCUGUACACGGAUGGUCGCGACAUCAGUUUGGUAAUCUCAGCCUCGUCGGGACGUCACAACUCCCUCUCCAGCAUGGCUGUGGUGGAGAUUGCUUUGGAUCCUUUGGCGCAUCCGGGCACAAAUCUGGCCAGUGCUGGUGGUGCCGCAGCUGGCGGCUCUAUGGGCGAUUGGGCCAUUGGAAUUGUUGUGGCCUUUCUCCUUAUCCUCUGUGCUGCCGCCGGCAUCUUUCUGUUCAUCCACAUGAGGAGUCGGAAGCCGAGGAAUGUGGUGAAGCCCCAUCUCAGCACAGAGACGGUGGGCGUGGGCAAUUCCAAUAGCUAUGUGGAUCCCAGCGCCUUUGAUACGAUUCCCAUACGAGGAGGCAUCACUGGCGGUGCAGCGGGAGCAGCUUCUGGCCAGUUUGCUCCUCCAAAGUACGACGAGAUUCCUCCCUUUGGUCCUCAUGCCGGCAGCUCGGGGGCAGCAACUACUUCGGAGCUUUCCGGCUCCGAACAGUCCGGUUCCAGUGGUAGAGGCUCGGCGGAAGAUGAUGGCGAGGACGAGGAAAUCCGGAUGAUCAACGAGGGACCACUGCAUCACCGAAACGGAGGAGCUGGAGCUGGCAGUGACGACGGCAGGAUCUCGGAUAUAUCGGUGCAAAAUACCCAGGAGUAUCUGGCUCGCUUAGGCAUCGUAGAUCACGAUCCCAGUGGCGGCGGCGGAGGAGCUUCGAGUAUGGCCGGCUCCAGUCACCCGAUGCACAUGUUCCACGAUGACGAUGCCACCGCCAGGUCGGAUAUCACGAACCUCAUCUAUGCCAAGCUAAACGACGUGACUGGAGCGGGAUCGGAGCGCGGCAGCAGUGCGGAUGAUGCAGGGACGACAGCUGGUUCAAUAGGCACCAUCGGCACAGCCAUCACCCAUGGCCACGGAGUUAUGGGCAGCUACGGAGAAGUGCCCGUCCCAGUGCCCGUCGUGGUUGGUGGCAGCAAUGUGGGCGGCUCCCUGAGUUCCAUUGUUCACAGCGAGGAGGAGCUUACCGGCAGCUACAACUGGGAUUAUCUCUUGGACUGGGGACCCCAGUAUCAGCCGCUGGCCCAUGUGUUUUCCGAGAUAGCGAGACUGAAGGACGACACCAUCUCCGAGCAUAGUGGACACAGCGGCAGUGGUGCCAGUUCGUCCGCCAAGAGCAAGCACUCGUCGGGUGCGGGCAGUGUGGUGCUGAAGCCUCCACCCUCGGCACCCACUCACAUACCACCCCCGCUUUUGACCAAUGUGGCGCCUCGAGCGAUAAACCUGCCAAUGAGGCUGCCCCCCCACCUGAGCCUGGCUCCCGCUCACCUGCCCCGUUCCCCUAUAGGUCACGAGGCAAGCGGUAGCUUUAGCACAUCCUCAGCCAUGUCACCGUCAUUCUCGCCUUCGCUUUCGCCCUUGGCCACCAGGUCACCAUCGAUAUCACCACUGGGAGCGGGGCCACCAACGCAUUUGCCCCAUGUCUCAUUGCCACGACAUGGCCACGCCCCACAGCCCAGUCAGCGGGGGAAUGUGGGCACGAGGAUGUAGGAUGACCAGAAGUCCAGAAGAUGUAAAUGCAUAUAGUAUUACUUGCACACACAUACACAACACACACUCACCCUACACACACACACACCGCCCAUUAACAAUUGUUGUACAUAUACAUAUAUCGCACACAUUAAAAUAUUAUUAGUUGGGAUCGUGCAAGCACACAAUGCCUCGCAUGGCACUAGGAAAUUACUUAAUAAACUUCUAUAUUUAUGGGCCUUGAAACUAAUUAAAUCAAUUAUAAAAUGCUAAUUUGAUAUUUAAAGAAAUUCCAGCUUUGAUCAACUAAUGACAGGCAUUAUAAAGUAAUAAAAUAAUUCAAACAGGUAGCAAAAACCUCUUCCAGUAGCCUGGCGGGGCCUUGGGUGCAGAGACGAUCCCGGAGUAAAAAAAAACGAACGAAAGACCACAAAGCCAACAUAGACUCUCUGAAACUCCUUUGCUUGCGCUCACAACAGAGCCGAAAUAGCGAGGAGGAGCAGCAGCAGGAGCCGGAACAGCCAUAAGUUGUAAGCAUUUAGAGCCUAGAAAUAGUAACCAACGAAUAACUCCAACUCGAACCCGAACUCGAACCGAAUUCGCUCGAAUCUGUAUCUGUAUCUGUAGCCUAAGUAUCCGUACGUAGCCUAAGUAUCGCUGUAACUGUAGAUGUAGCGUAGGACUCUAACCCUAAACUCGUUUUAUGGGAGCAAAAGCAAAACCAAGUGCACUUAAGCAGCCGGCAAUCCCUGUUUUAAAGGGGAUCAGGCCAUGGCUGCGAUUCACAUUUCCAUUCCAUCUCCAUUCCAUACACCGAGCAGUGAGAGAGACGAGCGGAAAAUUGUAAAAAGUUGUUUUAGUAAUCAUUGUCCGGGGAGAGAAACAGAAAACAGAGCAAACUCUUCCUUCUUCUUGCUGUAUAAAAACCGAAUUGAACGAAUAAUAAACCAAGAAGGAGAGGGAUUCGAUGGAGGAAUCUUUUAAGUAUAGCCUAGUUACCAGUUAUUAUCAUAUUCAUAUAUAUAGUAUAGACUUAUGUACAUGCCUAGCUAUAUAGAGUUUAGACCGUAGUGUUUAUGUCCACUUGUGUGUGAUGCUACUUGUGUAAUUUCUUAUGUUCUAGCAAAAAAACAAAUCGAAAAAAUAAAUCUGUAAAAAUGUUCACCAGUCUCUCUCUAAGGAUCCUUUUAGCCCCUAAGCCCGCGAUUAGUUUGUAAUAGCGAAAAAAACGAAGAAAGCAAGAGAAUAAAUAUUUAAAAACUGAAAAAUAUAAAAAAUUA